AUGGUCAGCCAGCCAUCCGUCAAACCGACGUCUGCCACAAACAUCAAGAUGACCGACUCCGCCGGUGCGAAAAUGAACGCUGCGACCAUCGCCGAGCCCUUCAGCUUGGCCGUGCGCCAGUACAUUGAGCAGGACAUGGGUGGCGUGGGUCCCAAGCUCGUGGAAGUACGCCGAGGGACGGGCAAGGCCUGUGCACGCGACGGCAUCCGCUACGAGCUGCGCGAAGUGCCCAAGGACGAGCUGCUGGAGGCUUUGGAGAAGGCCAACAAAGACUCGGGUGUGCACGGUAUUCUCGUGUACUACCCGUGCUUCGGCGCCUUCCCGAGCUUCUUCGGUGGCACCAUGGACGAUUUUUUGCGCGACAGCAUCAGCAUUAAGAAGGACGUGCAAAGACUGUGCCAAUUCUACCGUGGCAACUUGUACCGUAACAUCCGCUACGUAGACGACGAGAAGACGCAAAAGUGUUAA